GUGCGCGAGUGCGUGCCAUUCAUUGGCCGUGUUCUUUCCCACACGUCGUGUGAUCGUGCUGGAUCGUGUAAAGUCUGCUGGAGGAGUUGGCGUGAUCCGGCAUCGGGGCAUCGUUUAGCUGGCUUGUGGCCCGUUUGGGGUCACUCCCGGCAUUCCCGGUUGUGGGGGUUUUGACGGUGCAUCGAAAGUGCAUCGGCAACCGAUGAGUUGGUGUUGAUCACGCGGUGAUCGUCGGCUGCCAAGGGCGAAGACGUUCGGUGGGAAAGCGAGCCCUACGGUAUUUCUGUAUUGUGGUUGCACUUUCAUUCACCGUUUGAACCGGUGCCAAACCGUUUGAUACGAUCGUGUCGUGGUUGAUGUGCAUUGGGAUUGUCGUGGGUGUCGUUGGUGGGUGUAGUGAGAAAGCGAAAGGGAGAAGAUCCUCGCGAUCCUUGCUGAAAGUUGCGAGUUUGAAUGUGCCAGCAUCGUGGUGUGCUGGUGUGGAACAACUUGGCGCCUGUUGCAGCUGGAUCCUUCGUGGAUGCUCUACGCCUGCAUACUGAAAAGCUCCACAGUGAAGAAAAGCUUCGUGACCGGGUGCUAGGAUACUAGUCAUUGGGGAUCCUACAUAGUAACGGACGACGCGACGAAACGACAAAAAAGGAAUCAAAAUGUUGGGAAUUUUUGAGGUGCUGGUGUUCCUCUGCAUUGUCGGAUACUUCUUCAAUAAACAACGGACUAUCGAUAUGGUAGACAUCAUAUCGAACCGCGUUCAGGAGGCAUAUGGAUCCUUCCGUUUGCCAAAUAUGUUCGGACAGGGAACGGGCACCGAACAGAAUGGUGGCUUCUCCACUUACUCCAUGUUGAAGCGUUUCGGUGAAGCUGGAAGAAGGCAGCGUCAAAUCAAUGCCGAUCAUGAUCGCCAGGUGCGACAUGAAAGCCUCUUCCACAUAAAAGAAAUGCCGACAACACACCUGCAACCGGAAUUGAAACCAAUUCCUGGCAUGGCAUGUCCCUUCUGCUCGCCGACAGAAAGCCGUCCCCAGCUCGGAGCGGAUGAUCGACGACGCAAUGCGAUCGAUAUUCUACGCGUUACAACGCACGCAGGACAGCAGUAUGCCCUGGCCAAUCAUACGGGAUCUUUCGACUGGGGUGUCUGGUGUCCUCAUCUGGCACAGGCAACACGUGUACGUCGGUUUUCGUAUCCUCAGGUAGCAGGCGCCGUGCUGCCUGAUGAACGUGUCCAGGAAGCGCUGGAUGUGGCCGUCAAGGAGUCGAUUAACGACAAACGGGUGGAACUGGGUCUUGCGGAGAACGAUGAGAGCUUCGACGAGGACAGCUACUACAGUGAAAUGCUCCGAAAACACGACCAGCGAGCUGGAAAGAUACUGGUCGGUAUGCGCUCCAAAAUCUCGGACCUCGUGUUACGCAUCACCUCGUGGGUGUUGUAUAAGUUGCUGCCCUGCUUCAUGUCCGGUGUUGCAGCCCACCCGGCGCAAGUGGACAUGAUAAAGCGCGCUAUCGAGAAGCAUCCGGACGUGCCACUCAUCUUUCUGCCGCUUCACCGGAGUCAUCUGGAUUACAUUAUGGUCAGCUUCAUUUUGCUGAACAACGACAUCAAGUGUCCGUUGGUGGCUGGUGGGGACAACUUGCGCAUUCCCGUGUUCGGUAGCAUCCUGCGCUACGACGGUGCAUUCUUCAUUAAGCGCAAGAUUGAUCCGCUGACGGGUAAGAAGGAUCACGUAUACCGUGCGAUUUUGCACACCUACCUGCAGAAGUGCUUGACGGCCGGUCACAAUGUGGAGUUCUUCAUCGAGGGUGGUCGCACCCGAACGGGCAAACCAUGCAUGCCAAAGAGUGGUAUCCUGUCGGUUAUCGUUGAUGCGUUUAAUGAUAAAAGUAUCUCCGACGCGCUCCUUGUGCCGGUGUCGAUCAACUACGAGAAGCUGGUGGAUGGUAACUUUGUGCGUGAACAGCUGGGACAGAAGAAAAUUCCAGAAAGCUUUGCAUCGGCUGCCUCCGCAAUCAUCAAGGUGCUGAAGGCUCGCUAUGGGCUGAUGAGAAUCGAUUUCAACGAACCAUUCUCGCUAAGCGAACUUGUUAAAUCGCUACGCAAAUCCGACACGGCACACAACUACACGCCGGAAAUGCGGCGACUGCAGCACAAACCUUCGUCGUCCUCUCUAUUCGGAACGGAUGUGGUGCAAGAGGAACAGGAUCAACGGCAAUUGAUCGAUAAUAUCGCGCGCCAUGUAGUGUAUGACAGUGCCCGUGCAACGUCCGUCAUGACGACAAACGCUUUAGCAUUCCUGCUCCUCAAUCGCUUCCGUGAUGGAGCACCACUUUCGAUUCUUACUGAGGCAUUGGAUGAGCUGCGAGCUGUGCUGAAUGGUGUGCGAGAUCUUGGCUUCACUGGCUCUUCGGAGGACGUAAUACGAUAUGCCACCGAUUUGCUUGGCCCUGGCCUGGUGACAAAAGAACUACGCAAUGGGCAAACGUUCAUCAAACCGGUAGUUAUGAUUCCGAACGUGAUCGAGCUGUCGUACUACUCGAACUGCCUGCUACCUCACUUUGCCCUCGAAUCGAUCGUGAUUACGUGCGCCGGUCUACUGAAGCGCGAAGCGGAACGUCGAACCAACACGGAUCAGCACGAUCACGUGGACGAGGUGACGGUUGGGCGGCAAGCGUUGCUGCAAAUGUGUAUGGAAUUUGCUGAGCUGCUGAUGUAUGAGUUCAUAUUGUGUAAACCGUGCCAGAAGUUGGAUUCCGUCCUUGAUAACACGCUGCAAGAGCUUUGCCUCCGGGAGAUACUGUCUCAGCCGGAAGCAGAACUCACCGAAGAACAGACGAUGGCCCGCAGACUAGCCUACAAUUUGGAACGCGAUGGGCUGGAUGUCGAUGACGACGAGAUGGACGAUUUCUUCGACGAUCAUCAGAAUGGCACGACGGGCAACAGGUACGGUGCGGACGAGGAAGAUACCACGCGGAUACAUUUCCCAGCCGAAAAGCACUGUGACCGACUCGUACUGCAAUCGGUGCUGGCUCCGUUCUCCCACACCUACUCGGCCGUUGCGUCAUCGCUGCACCAACUGCUCGACGGUAAUUCCAUAGUGGAGUCUGAGUUCAUUCGGCUGUGCAUCAAGGAAAUUAGUACACGUGUUGAUGUUGGAGACUGCAAAUAUGGUGAAAGUAUAUCCACCGAUACGGUACGAAACUGCCUCAAAGUGUUCCAGAAACGAUCGUACAUCGAAAUCACGAACAAUAACGGCGUAAGACUGGUUUCACUGAUGCCACCCUUCGACACGCUGACGGAGGUGCAGAACAUAGUACAACAGGUGCACAUUUUCGUGCCAGUCUAGCAGGGGAUGAGUGUGAGCUUUUUCGAAAAUAUCCCACGAAACACCCCACGAAGCCAAACGUAACAAUCGGGGCCAAGUAAAGAAGCCGCGAUCAAAACGCGCAAACACUGCAUAGACUAAAAAACACGGAGGAGAUACGAUAAGUAAGGUUUGUGAUUUGUUUUUGAAACCACAGAAGACUGUUGGCACUCCUCCAAAAUUUAUGCUGAAAGCACAACAGAAAUUUACAGUCCAUUGCGCACCCGAAGUCCAUGGCGCUGCGUUAACCGACGAUAGUUGUACGUUGUUAGUUCCAUUAUUUAGCAUUGAUGUUUUUGUUGUUAGCUUAGAAACCGAGCGCCUAACUGCUCUAUCAACUCACGGUCUCGCAGAGCACGGAGUUAUGUUUCCCAGUGAGGAUUUGUUCAUUUGCCCGCAAAUCGUAUUACCAAAUUGGACAGAUGAGCGAAUACAAUCGUAUCCGGGUCGGUGUAGUUUGAUACUUUGACACAGGCGCAACCAAGAACGGACACGGUAGAAUAGACAAAGAUGUUUUUUUAUGAUACGUGAUCGAACUUACCAUAUUCCGAAGCAAGUGUGUGGCAAAACAAAAUUGUGUUACAUGCUUUUACAUGCUGAAUCCUCGAGGGUCAGCUCAAAUGACUUGAAGUGUUUUGAAUAAAUUUUGUGAAAUAAAUA